AUGGAGCUGUACCUCAGUGCCUGCUCCAAGGCUGCUGACGCCGCUGCCACCAAGGUUUCUGCCAGUGGCCUGGCUGCGGACAGCCAGCUAUGUGGAGAUGGAGCGCACAAAACCCACUUUCCAGGGGUCGGAGCAGCUCAACUACUGGAUCUACCUCUUGGGGUCAAGCUGCCUGUGAUCCCAGGAAGCAACACUGUAUUCUACACUACGAGUUUAAGUGAAAGGCUUUUUCGACCUUCUUAUGAUUUUAACCUGACUGAUCCUUAUUGUAGACUUCUUGAAAACCAAUAUAAAAGUCUUCAUGAUCCACAUUUAAGAGAAUACUAUAAACGUAAAGAUAUCCUGAGAAGGUUAAAGAAAGGUGGCUACAUCACCAGCAAUAAUAAAAUUGUUUGUUCCUUGAAAGAAUGGAAUAAGUAUAGGCAAUAUCUUACCAGUUUAAAAAUAGACUUUGAAAGAAACUAUGCAAGAGAGCAAAAAAUGCUUUCAAAAAGAAUAAAUAAACUGCAGGAAAAUAAUCACAUUCCUGAACAUUUUGAUGUUGCACAGUUCCAAAAUUGGUUGUUACAAGAAGGUACCCAUUCAUUUAAGGACCAAGAACUGUUAAUAAGGCACAGAUAUUUGGAUAUGAUACGUAGGGAAUUAGAACUACUUGAACACACAGCAGAAGAGCAACGCCUUCUCCAGAGGGCUAAAGAAGAAAGACUACAGCGGGAACAAACUAGAAGAAAACUUAAUCUUCGUAGAAAAAUCGAAGAGGAGUGGAAGGAAAAAGAAAUGUUGCUUCUAACAAAGAUUGGUGAAGAUGUUAAAAGAGAAGCUAGAAUUGAAGAACAACGGCGAAGAAACAGAGAAGAGAGUGACAGGAAGAAGCAAGCCCUUCUAGAGAAAAAAAUGGCCUAUCAUUUACAAAAAAUGCAAGAGAUUGGAGAUAGUGAAGAAAUGGAAAAAAAUUCAUUUGAAUGCAAAGGACAAGAAGGAACAUAUUGUGAAUCUUCUUCUCCAAAGAAAAAGAAGAGUUAUGAUGAUGGAAAGUCACUUUUUGCUGCAUUUACAGAAGUAAAUGGAAAUUCAAGAAACAAUAUUUACCAAUCUCCUAGUAGCACAAAGAAUGCUGUCAAAAAAUCAACAACUUCAGUCACUGACCAGCUAGAAGUACAGGAUUAUGGUAUAGAACAAAAGAAUGAUGGAGUGGUAGCCAAAGAAUCAAGGAAUUUUGAUGAUAGAGGAGCUAUAAACAUUUCAGUUAAAGGUUCAGUUGUUGCAGCUCAAAAUGCACCAACAAGAAAGUUUUCAAAAUCUUCACAGGCUGCUCCAGAUGCAGACAGAAUGAAUGAGAAAGAAAUAAAUGCUGAUUUGAAUGAAAGAUCAGCCCGGGGACCUUACCGCUCUGAAUCAGGACCUCAGGCUCAUACUACAUCCCAAGGUAUUUUCUCUUCUCGUGUUUUGUCAAAUACACAGCAGAAUCUUCUACAAAAUUGCUUGCACGAAAAAGUAACUUCUGAAGAACUGUAUACUAUAAUUCAGAAUAUAAUGACCUGGGUUGUGGCUACAGUGACUAGUAUAUUGUACCCUGCUAUCACAAAGUAUGAAGAAAGGCUGAGAAACAAUACAUACCCAGUGUCUGAAGACUCUGUUCUCUCUUCAGAUAGUUCAAGUUUCUGUAGUACUUGCAGUGAAGGGUUUGCCUAUGGAAGUUAUACAUCUGCUACAAUGAAAACUAAUCAAACAGAGCCCUAUACAUUUACAACUGAAAUGUCAGUAAGGCAACAAAGUAGGCUUUUAAAUCCUCCGCCUGCUCAUAUGGAAAGAGCAGGUAUGGAAAAAACAUAUCACAGGAAAGGACAGUCUGUAGCCUCUGAACUUAAAUAUAACCAGUCCACAAUGAUAUAUGAAUACCCCAAACUUAGAAAUUGUAAAUCUGAUAGUCACCUUUUGGCAUCAUCUGAAACAAAUACUAGAAUAUCUAAGGAUGCUACAACUGAAACAGAUAACCUAGAGAUUUCUGAUAAAAAAUCAAAAGCCAUAAAUGAGAUGAAGAAUGUAAAGAAUGUUUUUGUUAAUUUUAAAUGUCACUUAAAAGGGGAAACUGAAAUGAUUUUAGAAAGCAUUUUCCAAGAAAUCAUGUCUGAUUUAACACAGACUAUACCCUCUCUUUCUUCUGUUACCGCUGAAGUUUUUGUUGACCAAUGUGAAACUGACAAAAGAGACUUGCUCUCCGAUGUUGACAUCUGUUCAGUAGCUGCUGAGAUCGUGGAAAAUAUGCUUGAGAAGCUACAAUCUGCAGUUGAAAAAAAAUGUGCUGAAAUGUUUUCACAAGAAGACUUGUCAACCCACAUUAAACCAAACGAAACCAAUGAAGAAUAUUUUACUUCAUCAGAUAAAAAACCUCUAGAAGCUUCACUGCCUUGUUAUUUGGAACCCAUGUGUGAUAUUGCAGAAGAUAUGGUACAUGCCAUUUUAGAAAAGCUGAUGACUCUUGCACCUUGUAAACAACCUCAUCUUGAAGACAAAGCUGAGGUUUCCUAUCAGCAACAUAUAAUAGAUCCAAGAGAUGACAAAAAGAAAUCCAGUGCAGAGCCUGAUACAGCCAAUUUAAUCGCCAAAGAAGAAAUACAAAAUUUAAUUUCAAAUAUUUUUUCCCAGUCCUCUUUGGUUGGUUAUAUAGAGGAAGCAAUCAGCACUAUUCUAAGUUAUAUACAAACUGAGCUUAAUAACGAAAGACUUGUUGCAUCUGAAGAAACAGUGGAACUCCUUCAGCUCCUCGAUGAUAUAUUCACUCAGCUCCACCCAGAGUCAGUAAAAACAGGUGUUCAAAAGAAUAAACGCUCCAGACAAAGCACUAUUCUUAAAACUGACAAAAAGUACAGAGUCACUGAUACUAGAUUAUCUAAUGGCCAUAGAGCUAGACCAUUUUCACCCAUCAAUGUUCCUGGCAUGGUUCUUUAUCCUGAAGAUGAUAAUGAAGAAAUAGACAAAAUUGUAAAAAAGGUGCUUGAUACAUCUUUCAAUGAUGAAAAGGCAAAGUUACAAGAACACAUUCCUGAUCAUUCACCUACAAAGGGAAACACAUGUUUUGAAUGUAAGACAAAUACCAAACUACCUAUAAAGCCUGAUUUCAGAUGCAAAGUUGAAUAUGGUGAUAGGGGAUUAAAGACUCACCUACCAAAUUGUAAAAAUGAGAAUCUGUUAAAGGGCAAAUCAUGUUUGAAUAAAGACAGUUUGAUUUUCAGCCAAUAUCAAAAACAUCAAAUACAAAAGGCUUCAGAAAAGAUAGUGAAAAGUAUUCUAACAGAAAUGUUCAAGGACAUAUCUUUAUUUCCUCCUGGUCACUUAGACAGUAAAAAUGAAAAAACAGUUUCAUUUCUUGCUUCAGGAAAACCUGAAGAACUGUCACAUCAAGAAUGGGUCGACCAGAUGUUCUCUGUGUCAGAAAUCAGUACAGUGACUCAAGAGAUAACAGAUGCUGUGUUAAAUAUACUUUAUAAUGCUUCAAGCUACAUUACCAAUACCCCUGAUGGUUCUGUUUCACUAUCAGUUCAUCAAACUUCUCUAGACAGUUCUGACACUCCCCACAUGGCCAAAAAAUCACCAAAUAAAAAGUCACUAAAAAUAUGGUUUGAGAGUGAAAAGAAAAUGAAAUAUUUAUCAUCAAUCAACAUAGAUCCUUCAAAGGCUUCCUGGUUAGAAUCUGGGGAAAGUGGUCCUGAAUCUGUAGAUGGCAUUAAUGAUAAAAUUAUUAAUACAGUUUUUAAAAAACUACAGUUAUUUGUUCGUCCAAAAUUACAAAUGAGCAUCAAGCCUUCACUUACCAGGAAAGUUUCAUUACGAUCUCAACUCAGUGCUUAUACAACUAAAGUGGUAAACAUUGUUUUGCAUGCUAUACAAAAUGAACUAGAACUGAAUAAGAAAAACUUAAAUCUAAGGAAGGUAGACACUACCUUUUUUACUGACACUGAGAAGAAAUUUAAAUCUCUGGCCCCCAAUAUCAAUGAUGACAUAACUGAAAGUCCCUUAGUAGCUUGUAUUUUCAAUAUGAUAUCAAAUCAGAAUGCAGCUCAAAGCACUAUUCCACUCCCUAGAGCUAAACCAAGACCUGAAAUCUCAUAUAGAUCUGACAACAUUGAUAAACAAAGUAGGAAGGAUAAAAAAUGUAUUUUCUCUCAUCUUCCAACUGUGCAUGAUGAAAUUCCCCCUGAAAUUCACAAAUGUUUAGAUAUCCCAAGUACUCCCCAUAGUGUCUUUCAUGGAAAGGAUCUCAAAGAAAAUGAUAGGUUACAAGUGUUAGAUAGCAUUGGGGAAACCUUAUACGAAAUGUUAUGCAAUGUCAUAGGAGCCCAUUCUCACUCUUACCAAUCAUGUAAUAAGAAAAACAGAGAAAAGGCUAAUGAGAGUCAGCAAGCUGCCACUAAUUUGCAGUCUAAUAUUCAGCUAAUUUCCAAGACAAUUUUGGAAUACAUCCUUGCAAAAUUAUGUAGUGUUGACACAGACAGUAAGUUCGCAAGUUCUGGAUUUAAAGCUAUCUCAGAGCAUGAUAUUGACAGUUUAUCAUUUGCUUCAAUUAUUGAGGAAAUGGCCAAAUGUACUGGCAUAAUCUCUGAUUUUGUCUCCAGGCUAAUUAAGAAAAGUAAUAAAGAGAUGCCUAACAACAGGGCAAAAACUACUGUGGCUUCUAAAACAGGGGUCAUAAGAGACAUGUAUCCAAAGAAACUGAAAGCUGUUGCUUCAGAUAUCCUUAACAUGGUUUUUGAUAAAUUGGAAGGAUUUGCCAAUGGAAAUUUAGAAACUCUGGGAACUAUAAAUGAUGGAAAUAAAAGUAGCAAUGAAAUGGAUAGGAAAUGUGAGGAUACAUGUAUUUUCACAGACACACACCAAGAGCUAUUGCAAUCUGCAUUAUAUUUGCAUGCAAAGAAGUUAUCAAGUGCUUUGUUGAAGGCUAUUCAAACUGAAUUAAAUAUGAACUCAUCAGAUUGGAGAACAAGUGUAAAGAGCCCACCACUUGAGAAACAAAUAAUAACAGAAACAGUCAAUUCAAUUUUAGAUUCUGUAUCCUCAGAUAUUUUUAAUGAAAUGGAAUCUGAAGAGAGAGGUAUUGAAACUUAUCGAUACAGGCCAACCUAUGGCAAUCUUCUUCCUGGAGGAGCUGAAUCCGAUUCAUUUCUAGAAGAUGCACAUACAGAGAAAGAAUUCACUGGAACGAGAACACCACCAAAAGAAGAGACUAAAUCAGAAUCUCUUAAACAAUGGGCUCUAGAAAAAGCCUUAAAUAAAAUUGAAGUGGAACUCAAAGAACCACAGAAAUCUCCAGUUGUGCCAAUUAUAAAAAAUAUUUUGAAUGAAAUUUUUCAAAAUGCUUUUGUCAGUCAAUUAAAUGUGCUUUUUUCCUCUCAGUCUUAUUUAAGUAGUAUCAUGAAUGAUGUUGAUGAACCAGUUUGCCAAACUGCUGUUCAGUCAGUAGAUAAAAUGAUGGGCCCUUUGGUAUCUGAAGCAGAUGUAACGAUUGUUGCUGAUGAUGUUAUCAGAAUCAUAUUUCAUAAACUAUAUUUAGCUGCCAUGUCAGAGAGAACUUCAAGUAGAAAUAGGUAUAAAACUAUUACCUUUUCAGCAAACGUUUCUUUCCGUGAACACACGAGUGGAGGAAAGACCUCUGUUACUGUGCUGGACAGAAAUCCAUGUACUCUUCAGUCUGGGUUCAGUGCUGAUAAGUACUCAGAAGUAAAUGUAGUUGAAGAUAUUGUACAGACAGUAUUAACAAAUUUAGAAAUUUUUGCUACUUCCAAAGUAAAAUCUAUUUUUUGUCCUCAACUCAGUUUUACAGUUCCACUGACUUUACCUAUUCAACAAGAUAAGAGUGCAUUAAAAAAAGUGUCAUCAACCAAAGAUCCAAAUUCUGAUGAUACAGUUUUCUGUUCCUCAGUGGACCAUUUGUCAGUAAAACCAAACUCUACAUGUCAAUUGCCUUUGUCUAAAUUGAAUACUUAUGCAACAGAAGUGGCUAGAAAGAUUUUACAAGGCAUCAAACAUAAAUUAGAUAAAGAAAUGGAAAGUCCCAUCUUAACUCAUAACAUUGUAGUUUCUGAAAAGAUUGCAAGUCAAGUUGUUAAUACAGUGUUAGAUAUAGUGUCUUCUAAAGACAAGUGUGAAAAAAUCUAUUCUAACAAAAAGAUUGAUUCAGAUCAGCAAGAAGGUAUUAUUGAAAAGUUACUCAAUAAGAGUGCAUAUCGAAAAACACUUAAAUUCCAAAUACAGGAUACCAUAGAAAAUAUAUUGUGUGACAUUUAUGAAAAAACAGUGGAUCAAAACAAUCUUCCACUUGCAAUCUCUACUCUGAAAUGCACUAUAGAUGGUAAAAAUUCAGAAUUAAAUUCUGAAAUGUUCUCUGAGGCUUCAAAUAAAGUUAUUCCAAAACUUUCAGUUCCUAAAUCAGAUGUUGUUAUGGUGUCUAAUGAUAUGGUGGAUAUUGUCCUUCAUAAUCUCAAUUCUGCUGUUAUGAUUGUCAUAAAUGCAAAGGCUUCUACUUCUGCAAGAUUGCCCCUAACCUUUUUUUCAAAAGCAGAGUGUCAACAACCUAUUUUUAUGAACUGUAAAAGUGAAGGAAAUACAGAAAGUUUUGCAUUUUCAGGACAUCUGAAAUCAUCUUAUGAUGCUGAUAAUCACAUAUCUGUAGUAGAGAAAGAAGAUAGCAUGAAACUUGUUCCUGACCCAUGUACAGAAAAUGCUAACUUCAUUACUAAAACUAUUUUCAAUAAGUUGGAAUCAUUUGCCACAGAGAGAAUGGAUUCCUUAAUUACUCUUGCUUUCCAAACUAAAGAAAAGUUAUUUGUUAAUCCAGAAUUGGAAAACUGUAAACAAGAUGACAGAUUCUUUUACGAAUCGGGUGGAACUAGUUUUAGCCAACAGUUCACAGAUUCCACUUUUGCCAGUUACAGAGAAAAACUUGGAUCCACAAUUCAUCUCUCACAAGCUAGUCUUAUGGAAUAUGCUGACAUGAUUGCCAGUGCCAUUUUAAAGCUGAUUAAAAAUGACUUAGAUCUAGAAAUUCAAAGGAUGUGUUCAUAUUCAGACAACAUUUUAUUGCAAGAAAACAUUAUUGUAAGUGAAACUGUCAACAAUAUCUUAAAGAUCUUAUAUGAUAAAAGAUCAGCAAAGGAACUUAGUUUUUCCUCACAACAGAAGACUAACUUGUUUUCACAACUAACUAUAACAAAUGAAACCUUGGAGGAACAAAAACAGAAGGAAAAUUAUUCUGAACCAUCUCUGUGUUCAAAUUAUCCCUCAGAAAAAAAGCAAAUUCCAUCAGAAAAGGAAAACCAGAAAGUGGUUUUAGAAGAAUUAUUUAUGAGAAAUGAAGAACUAAAGCCGAAAGAAAAAGCUGCGUUGAUCAGUGCCGUAGCAGACGUUUUAAAUGCAGUAUCUGAAAGAGUAAUGAAAGUCACAGACCAUCUAUAUCCACUUAAUUUUGUGUCUAAUUCUAAAAUUAAAAUGACAGACAUGACAGGAAAAAACAAUUUCCAAUCACAUGUUAACAGUGUAACAACUAACAUAGUUGAAAAUGUCUUGGAGAAAAUGUACUCUGUAGUUGUGAACUGCAUAAAUGAAAAGAUGAAAAGGAGAGAAGGAGAAGCAUCUGACAACAGUGAUGUGUUGCCAGUGAAAUCACCAUGCGUUAGGAACACUAAACAAGUAGGAAAAGGAAAGGAUCCCCCGAGAUAUGUGAUACCACAGACUUACCCUUACGCAAGCAUGGGAAACACAUUUUUGCAAUAUACUCCAUUGCAAGUGGGAGAAGAUUUAGUUCAAAUGGUUCUGAGUAAGAUAAAAAAUUUUACCUCAUUGCAUCUAGAAGAUAACUCAUACACUGAAUGUGGCUCUGAUGAUUUACAAUCUCAAAAAUUACAAAAAGUCAAUCCUAAAGGCAGUCCUAAACCAAGUCUUAAAGCAAAUUUAAAAGCAAGAUCAAAAAUUACCUCUUUACCUAAGUAUAGAACAAAACCACACCAAGUACCCAGUGGUUCGAAGGUGAAGAAUAAGAUGAAGUUUUGUCCUUCAAGAAGCAGCCUGUCCAAGACUGCCAUUGGUCUGCCACACAUACUAUCAACAGGUGAUGCCAAAAACAUACUGGAAAACAAAUUACCCAUUUCAGAGCUAAAAAUCUAUUCCAAAAACAUAGUAAGUAUUAUUCUGGAAACAAUUAUGAAAGAAUUUGAAAAGAUGAAGCAAAAUCAAGCACUAGCAAAUAUAAAAGUAUUACCAUCUGAUCAAGUCAUGGCAGCAGGUGAAAUAGUUAAUACAGUUUUGCAAGGAUUGCAUGCUCCAAAUCACUACAAUUUGGUUCAUCCUAUCAAAUUCUCACAUCUUGAUGAUCUCAAACUUUUACAAGAGAAUAGAGGUUCAGGGUCCUUUGCCAAACCACAAGCAUGCUUUUUCUUAGAGAAUGUGACCUCACAGCUAGAACAAAUAUUUCCUAAAGAAGGAAUAUUUAAAAAAAUGUUUGAUAAGUGGCAGGUCGAAUCAAAUGACAUAGAUAAUGAAAGACAUAAGCUAUUGGUGAUAGUUGAGAAUUUUUUAACUGAAAUUUCAAUAAAAGCAAAAGAUUUAGAAUAUUCUCUUUCACUUUUAAAUUUGCCACAUAUUGAGGCUUGUGAAAGCAGAUUCUUUAGUCAUUUUAAGGGAGUGUCCACUAGAACUGAAGAUUCCAAAGUACAGAUUAAUAGGUUUGGAAAGGAAAUUGUUGAAAUGCUGUUUGAAAAAUUACAAGUGUGUUUCUUGGCCCACAUGGUCACUGCAGAUAGUAAAGAAUCUCCAGCAAGCAGGAAACACAUUCAUGCUAAGACUAGAUAUAGUUCUUCAACAAGACACAACCUCGGCAACGUAUCAAUCUGUGACACCAUGCCUGAAAAUCAAAUUUCUUUGAGCACUAGCAACCGAAUUAUUCGAGAGAUUGUCGAAAGAGUUUUGAACAUGUUAGAAUCCUUUGUGGACUUACAGUUUAAACAUAUCUCUAAAUAUGAAUUUUCUGAAAUAGUGAAAAUGCCUGUAGAAAGCUUUUUCCCUAUUCAACAGAGAUCAUUAAGCAAAAAGCUGUUGCCAAAAUUACAACCACUGAAAAAAUUUUCUGAUGAAUCCAAACCAAAUACUAUUGUUUCAAAGGAAAAUGUAGAGAAUAUUUUUCUACAGGUCCAUUCAUUCCACUCAGACUUGCUUACAUAUGCGGCUAACAUUGUCAGUGAUAUGCUUUGUACAAUCAAGAGCAAGCUAGACAAAGAAAUAAGCCAAGUGGAACCACCUUCAGGUAACGUUUUGAAAGAAAACAUCAUGGCAAGUGAAAUCAUUGGCACACUGAUAAGUCAGUGUACUCAUUUCAGUGAGUCUUUAAUUGAAAAUCUUCCAACGGAAAGUUUGUUGCAAGGAGUUGAAAAUGUCUACAUUGUUAACCAGGUUGAAUUAUCAAGUAAUAUGAAAAUUCCCACAUCAAAAUUAAGGGAAACUAGUUUCAGGAAUAACACUCCACAAGUCAGUGCACUUGAUUCGGUGCUUUAUUCAAAGGAAGAUAAGAAAAAACAGUACAGGGCUUCAUUAAAUUCACCAUCGUAUGUCAGAUUUGUAGGAAAUACAUCUAAAAGUUCACAGCUAAUGGGAAGUCCUGAUUCAGAAGCUAUGCUAUCAUGCUCUAAAAACAAAGAACAAGGCCAAAGCUCAAGGAAAUCUAACUCUGGCCAUUUUGAUGAAGCCGUGAAAGGAAAUAACAACACUGUCCCUGAAGGCAGUGUCCUACAAAAACUGUUUAAUAAAGCAAAUGAGUCUACAGAGACAGCAUUAAAGCAAGCCAUGUCUUUUAUAGAAAUGGGGAAAGGCGAAAAACAAAGAGUAUUUCAUUAUGGAACUCUACAACCAGUUGUGGAACCAACACAAAUUCAGACAACUGUUUCUCCACUAAAAAUAUGUUUAGCUGCAGAAAAUAUUGUCAAUACUGUCCUGUCAAGCUAUGGCUUUACAAACCAGCUACCCACUGAUGAAAGCAUGGAAACAAUGAAGCCAUUUUUCAUAUCUCAGCAAAGCCCUUUGUCUAUAAUAUAUGAGGAAGAAAAGAAUGAGAAGAAAAGUUUGCCUAGAGUGUGGGAUAAAAAGUUAAGUUACACAGAGGAAGAAAGAUACAAAAACUCUGAAGUUAGUGGAGGAGAUUUUCCUUUGUUGCAGAAAUUGAAAGAAAGACCCCUAGAGAUAAAGGAAACAAAGACUCUGAAAGAAGUUAAAGUCAUUGCUUUUGCUGAUCAUGAACUUGGUCCAAAUGAAAUUUAUUUGUUAGCAAGACACGUCACCAGAUCUGUGGUCACACAUUUCAAGAACUCUGAAACUAGAGUUUGCAGCAAUGAAAAUCUUAUCGUUUCUACAUCAUCAAGGAAAAAAUAUGGAUCAAAACAGCCUCUAAAAACCAUACACAAUAAUUAUUCACUUAAUCAAUUAUGUGAGCAUCUCACUGAGUUGGUCAUCUACCAUAUAAUUUCAAGAAUUUUUGAUGACAUCAAAGAAGACAGAGAAAAUGUGAAUGAAUUGGAAAGUCAAGAUGCAACAUUUAGUAAGAUUAUUUCAAUUCAUUCUGAAGUAUUUGAGAGUAGGUCAAUUUCUAUUAGUGAAGUUGCUUUAAGCAUUUCUGAAAUGAUUAUUCAAAUUCUUUAUAACAAUAACAUUAUAAUGGCUGACAUUGCACAGCAAAUUACUUCUAUGAAAAUAAAAUACAUUUACUGCUCAGAAGUAACGUCUGCUGACUUUGAUGAUAUCUUUCAGGAUCUCUUAAUAGGAGUGAUUCAUAUACUGUCCAAAAAAAUAGGAAUAAAUCAUUGCCUUGAGACAAAUGGAAGAAACAAAUCAUAUUCCAUGCUUAAAAGUCCAAGAGUGCCCACCUGCAACAAAAUCAAUGCCAUGGAAAGACAGACAGAUACCAGAGACUCAAGAUCAUCUACUCAUAAAAUCAAUCAAAUCACUCAAAAAAAUAAAUUAAAUUAUCUAGCAAGUAAGUUAGAUAGUUUGGUUGGUAACUUAAAAACUCAUGAAUCCAAAGAAGUAGUGAAUAAAGUUUUUGAUAUUGUUUUGGAUGUAUUUUUGCCAGAUGAAUGUCCAGAUGUAGCUCUCGAUUCUGGUAAAAUAUCAAGGACAUUUUUUCCAUCCUCAUGUAAUCAGGAAGAUAACAGCACAAAUGGAAAUAACCUAGGGCUCUCACCAAAGUCAGUUUUUCUUCUGAAUGUCGUCUGUGAGAAACUUAUUAGAACACUUUUGGAAAAAUACACAAGCACUGGCUGCCUUGAUAAUGAUGGCACUCUUUCUAAUGAAAUAGCAGAAAAACAUCAACUUUUUAAAAACAUAGAAUAUGAAAAAUUUGAUUAUUGCAAACAAACAUUGGACUAUCAACCAUUUCAAGAAGAUUUCAUGCCAGAUCUUAUGGAAAUUUGGGCAGGAAUAGAUCAAGACUUACUGUCAUCAGACUUUCUGCUUACUACUAUUUCACACAGGUUGGUUAAAUCAUUGAUGGAAAAACUAUCACACAGCAAUCAACAUACCUCUGAAAGUCCACCUUUUGCAGACAAGCAUUUGAAAGUCAAGUGUCCAGAAUUCACAGAAUUCCAACCUGAUCAAAAAUCUUUAGGAUUUAUGAGUUUUGAUAGUAAUCCUUUGAAAGGAUCCAUGAAUAAUCCCAGAAGAGUUCGAUCCAAAAUACAAGCACCAUUUGGCAAGACAUUUUCAGUAAAAUCAUCUGUGUCUACUUUUAGAGAGCAUGGAGCAAAGCAAAUGAACACAACAGUCAUCAAUAGCAUGCUUCAUCCAGGAGGCAUGAAUACAGGGGUUUAUUCUGCCACCUUUUUGGAGGAAAUAAUUUCAGAACUAUUUUUCAAUCUCUCUACCUCACUGUGGGGCAAAAAUGAAAACAUCAACGAGGCCUGGCUUAAUGACAUAAAUACAUUAUUUGUCAAUUCUGUGGUGAAUGAGUUUAAUAAUUCACAGGUCACUGUUUUACGGAAUGCUGAAGAAAAAUUGUGUUUUCCACCAGUUCAUAAACAAACUAUUAGUAAGAUUGUUGACUCAGUUUAUAAUGAUGUCUUACAGCACUAUACAUUGAAAUUAACCUCUAGUAAUAACCCAAAAUAUGACAAUACCUCAGUAGCAGAAAAAAUAACUAAUGGCAUACUGCUUGAGAUUUUAGACUACCAACUUCCGUCUAACUUCAAGGGGGUGCUCAUACCUAAUACAUAUUACCCACUCAAAGCUGAAAUUAUACUGCAAAAACUUCAAAAAAACCUGAGAGAAUUUACUUCCCAAGCCAGGUUUUCAGCAGGCUACAGCACCAUGUUGUCACACUCAUUUUUAGAAGAUGUUAUCAGAAGGCUCUUAUAUCAGCUCAUGCCUCCACCCAGUGAGUCUUCCUCGUUGGGAAAGAAAUGCUCACUGAGUUCAAAUUUUAAUGAAAUGUCUACAUGUAUAGUAAAUAAGGUUAUAUCAGUCAUUUCAAAACAUAAAAUUUGGCUUACCAUAUAUGAUAAUUACUAUUUAUAUACAGGGAAAAACCUACAAAAGAUGGUGGAUUCUGUUUAUAGCAAUAUUUUGCAAAUGUCGGACUCUGUUGUUUCAAUACAGAAAAGUAUAAUAAAUCAAAGCCCAAUUAUAGCUGACCAAAUAGCCAGCUGUAUUAUCCAAGAAAUUAUUGAAAGUCAUCUUCAACCAUUUGUGUGUGGAGAGAGUUUACUGCGUCCUAAGACUCCAGUAGAUGAAAUAUCUAAAAUGAUUAAAUAUGUUCUCAGUGAUGUUACAAACUCACAUAGAUGGCCAAAGUCAUCAUCCUUAGGUGUUUACCCUGCCACGUUUGUAGGAGAAAUUGUUGCCAGACUUUUAUCUAAGAUUUUUAUUCCAAAGGCUCUUACCAAAAUUGAGCUGGAAAAAAUGACCCAAAAAAUAAUAAACUCAAUAAAUAACCAUUUUGACAAAACAAAAAUUCACACUCCUUUUGAUGACGACAAAGAGAAAUCUUACCCUUCUAUAGAUAUAGAUAUUGUGGAUAAACUGGUCACCUCAGUUUAUAGAAAUGUGUUAAAGCAGUAUGGUGCAUAUCCUGAAAUUGUUAAAGAGUCUAAAGACAGUGAUAUCUUUGUGGAAAACAUUACCAAUUUAAUUGUAGGAGCUAUUUUAGAUUACCUCCUUCACCCAUUGUUUUCUGGAAAUUUACCAGGGUCUUCUUAUUCUAACUCAAAGACAGAAAAUAUUGUUCAGGACAUCCUCAGUAACAUCAGUAAAUCUACCAAUCCAAGUCAGCAUUUAUCUCCAUAUAACACCUUGCUUUCAUACACAUUUUUAGAGGAUAUGAUCAGAGUUCUAUUAUCUAGAAUCUUUCCUUCCACAUCUAGCAUGGCUCCAAACAUAGAAACCCCAAAAGAUAAAUCAGGAAAAAACUUCAAUGAAAUUGCUUCUAAACUAAUCAGUGAUAUUAGGAUGAAAAUUUCCCAACAUGAAAUUAGAUUUUCAAAAGAUGAAGAAGAAUCUAAGUGUAUUUAUUCAGAGGAUGAUGUUCAGCAUCUUGUUGACUCAGUAUUCCAAAAUAUUUUGCAAAACUCUGGAUCUCAAGAAUCAAUUGAGCAAAAGCUCACAAACACAAAUGAUGCUCUUAUUGAUAGAAUAGCAGGUUUUAUCAUCAAAUAUAUCUGUCAGCAACAUCUUCAGCCAUUUGUAAAGGGGACGUUAUUAACAUCUUCAUCAUACACAUAUUUUGAUGAUGAAAGAAGGCAGUUGUUUUAUGCCAGUGUUUAUUCCUCAUACUUUUUGGAAGAUGUGGUCUCUGGAGUUUUAAGCAAAAUAUUCCACAGGUUGUUAGGAAUUGUGCAAAAAAAAUCAGUAAACGAUUUAGAAGAUGACCUGCUAGAAACAGCUGAAAAAUUAAUACAUUUGAUAACAGCGGAAUUCUCCAAAGCCCAGGUUAGCACCCUUGAAAAUGCUGAGAAUCAGUUGGGUUUGCCUCCAGUAGAGAGAGAGAUAGUCAUAAAAAUCAUUGACAUAGUAUACAGCAAAUUUGUACAAGAUUAUGAAAGUGAAAUAAUGUCUAAUAAAGAUUUUCUAAAUGACACAAAGGCAUUGGCUGCAAGAGUAACUAAAAUCAUCCUGGCUGAAAUUUUGGAAUUUCAGAUUCACCCAGAUUUUAUAGCAAAACUGCCUCAUAAAUCACUUUCCGAACUCAGUGCUGAAGUUUUGAUAAAUAGAGUUAAAUAUGAUAUUAGUAAAUCAUGUCUUCGAAGGCAAGCUUCAGCAGCAUAUACUACUAUGCUAUCACAUACUCAUUUGGAAAAAGUAGUGACUCAGCUUAUGUCUCAGAUAGGCCCAUUGGCCUGCAAUAUAGAGAAUGGAGAUACUACUCAAUCAGACUUAAGUAAUACAGUCCUGAUAUUGAUAAACGAAAUUAUGUCAAUUAUUUCAAAACAUGCAAUAUGCAUUAUUAAACAUGGGAAUGGAAAACAAAGUAUGAUAUCUGAAAAAGAUAUCCAGGCUAUGGUUGAUUCCAUUUGUAUUGAUCUUUCACAUUCAAAUCUAUACCAUUCUCUUAAAGAAGAUAAAAAAGGCAUAAAUAACAUACCUGUUUCAAAAAUAGCAAGUUUUAUAAUAAAAGAAAUAUUUAAUCAUCAUCUUCAGUCAUUUUUAUCUGGAGACAAACGUCUCCUUUCAACUGCUAUUGAUCAGACUUAUAAACAGAAAGUAAUAAAUCCUAAACAAAGUGAAUUGUCUUUCAUUAUGAACUCAACUAUCUUUUUGGAGGAAGUGAUUUCUGAGCUUUUAUGCAAAAUCCUUUAUGCAUUCCCACAUAAUGUCUUGGCUGCUGACAACCAAGAUAAAGCAAAAGCCAAAACUACUGACAUUGUUACAACAUUAGUAGAAACGAUUAUUCUGGAGUUCACCACAUCAGAGAUUUUUCUUGCAAACAACAUUGAUGAAAAUCUCUGUCUUUCAGAAGACUAUAAAGACAUGGUUCAAAAUACAGUCGACCUCAUUUUUGAAAAAAUAUUAGAUGAAUAUAAAUCUGUGGUUCAAGUAUAUAGGGCUAUACAAUAUGACACUACAUGUUUUGGUAGGAAAAUAUAUCAUUUGCUAUUGGAAGAAAUUUAUGAUUAUCAGGUGCAGUCAUUAGUUUCAGGAGAAUUAGUGUGUUCUUCCUGUUCUUUCCCACAAGCAGAUAAUAUUAUCAGAAAAGUCCUGGAUAACAUCAUAAAGGAUAACCAUAACUUCCCAUCAUGUAUUACUGUGUUACCUCGUUCCCUUUUAGAAGACAUGGUCUAUAAGCUACUAGUACAUAUGUCUCCAUUAACUGAUGCUAAAAAUGAACUAAAAGAUCAAGAGUUGCCAUCAGAUUAUGAGUUUGUAGAUGCAGCUUCCAAAUUAACUGAUGAAAUUAUAAAAGAAAUUUCUGAGCAUGAGAUUCGACUUUCCACAGCAGAGGAGAAUGCAGAAAGUAUGCAAUUAGAAGUAAUUGAAAGUUUAGUUGAUUCUAUAUGUAAAAACAUUCUGAAAAAAUCUGAAUUUCAAGCUGAAGUGCAGAAAGAUGCACACAAUAUAGGGGGGUCAUUUCUAAGUAAAAUAGCUGGCUUAAUUAUGAAGGGAAUCAUGGAUCAUCAUUUGAAACCAUUCUUACGUGGUGAAGAAUCAUCUUCUAGUGACUCAUUUGAUUAUCACCGUGUUUCUGUACUUGCUCAGCCUGAUAAAGAAAAAACACAGUCUUCUCUCUACUCAGCUACAUUUUUGGAAGAUGUAAUUGUUGACCUUGCACGCAAAUUUUCUCUUCCAAGUGUUGCUAAAGAUUCUAAGAAAAAAGAAAUGCCCAAAGCAAACAUUGUAAGCAUGGCUGUUAAAUUUGCAAACUCUCUGAUAAAGGAAUUUAGUAAAAGUGAAAUUAAAGUUCUACCAAAUGCUGAAAAAAUAUUUUGUUUUCCACCAAUUGAUAAAGAGACGGUUAGUAAAAUAUCUGAUUUUGUGUAUGAUCAGUUUAUAGGAAAAUAUGACUCUGAUUAUAUGCAGAAAGAAGAUAAAAGUAACACUUUUAUAGAAAUCAUUUCUUCUUUAGCCCAGAAGGCAAUCUCUGCUUUCAAAAUCCAACCUCUUUUUUCAGGAGACUGGUCCUCCACCUUUUUUUCAUUUCUAAAUUCAGAUAACAUCACUAAGAGGGUUCAACAUCUACCACAAGAAUCGUCUACACAGAUAAACAGGUGCUUACAAGAAAACAAAUUUACUUUACUGGAAGAGUCACAUGAACACACUCCUCUAGCCUCAGACCAGAAAAAUACAGUGGACACUUUAGAACUAGAAAGAGAUGAAAUACAUAGAAAGAACAAUUUCAACAAUGAGGAGAAAUCAAUGAAAACUUUUAGCUAUCACGAUCCAACACUUAUCUCUAAAACUAGCUUUACGAAAAGCAGCAUUGUUAACCAGGCAUCAGGAUCAGCUGCAGUUUUGGCAAAUAAAUGGAGUGAUGAUAAAAAUAAAAUGGAAACUUCAAUUCAAAAAUAUAAUAAAAAUAUAUCAAAAGUUACUUCUCCAACUAACAUUUUGAAAAGUGAGGAAGCUCAGGAGCCAAAUUUGAUUGUACCACUUACAAAUAAUGGAAACAAGCUCAAAAGUCUGUUAACUCCAAAAGCUGAGGAGGGUCAAGGUGAUGAAAUAACUGGACACUUUUCAGUAGUUACCAGUGUCACAAAAUAUGAGAAGAGAGUAUCAAGAUCUGAUUUGGAAAUAAAUGAUGAAAAGAAGAGUGACAUAAAGAGAAUGAGAUCAUUACAAAAUGAUGACAAGCCCAUUGAAAUAUCUUCUUCGAUGUCUAAUACAAGAAAUAAGGAUACCACAACAGACAAAAUGUUGAAAGUUGUCACCUAUAAGCCAAGCAUUGAUGGGACAAGAGACUCUCCAACUCCAAUAGUUACAAAUGAGGAACAAUACAUAUAUCAUGAAUGUGUUCAAAAUGUCACUGAAAAUAUUUAUGACAAUAUUUUGGAAAUAUCUUUUCAGGAACAAGCAAGUGAUUCAAAAUUCCAAAGACCCCCAGAGGAUAAAGUGUUGCAUGUAAACCAAGAGGUUGGCAAGGAUUCUGUCCAUUCUCUUCCAAUAAAGGAUUUAUCAUCCUCAAUGAACAAAAAUGGCCCUGCCAAAGAUAAAGAAGAAAAGAAAGAGAAAGUUGAAGAGAGUAAAAGUGAAUCUGGUAAACCAGACAGUUCUCAGUACUCGACAGAAAAUAAAUCCAGAAUUUUUCCUGCUAAGUUUUUGGAAGAUGUUAUAACUGAAAUGAUCAACAAAUUGAUAUUUUCUUCCCCACAGGAAACACAAACAUGUGAUAGGUAUCAAAAUGUAACUGAUGAUGAAAAUCCAGCUGAACUCUACGACACAGCUAUGAAACUGAUUGACUCACUGUUAAAGGAGUUUUCAGAUGCUCAAAUUAAAGUAUUUAGGCCAGAUAAGGGAAAUGAAUGUUCCCCACCUGUAGAAAAACUCUCAGCAGUUCCUAAAGUACCUCCAAGGCAAAAAGAAUCGACUUCAGAUAAAGCAUCAUCCAACAUUAAGACGAUACCUGUGGAUAAAGUACAACCGAUGCAUAAAAUAACUAAAACAUCCUCUUCCAAUAAAGCACUUUUUCUAGAUAAAAUACCAGCACUUGAUAAAACAUUGGUUAAUAAAGUUGUUCACUCUUCCAUAUGCAAUAUUUUGAAGGAAUAUCAAUCCCCAAAUUCCAUUUGUAAGAACAUAAAUACUAAUCGGGAAAAUUUAGCAAGAAGGCUAACUAGUGCAGUGAUAAAUGAAAUUUUUCAACAUCAGCUUAACUUAAUAUUUGGUGAUGAGGUUCCGGUUUCAGCAUGUUUGCCUCUGCAGUCUAAGGAUGUUGUUAAAAAGAUCCAAAAGGUAGCCCAAACAGUCAACAAAGAAUGUCAAACAUCAUCACCCUAUACCAUAAUGUUGCCUCAUAAAUUUUUAGAUAAUGUGAUCUCUUUGCUUUUAUCUAACAUUUUCUUUACAGAAUCCAACACUGAAACAGUAGCAUGUGCAAACAGUUUGUUCACAGAAUUGGAUUUUCUUCAAAUGCAGUUAGUUAGCACAAUUAUGGCAGAGAUCUCCAAAGAUAAAGAUAUGGUUAUACAUUAUGUUGAAUCCUUACAUCCUAAUGAUUGUGAAAUUACUCAGUUAGUGGCUCAGUCUAUUUAUAAUAAUCUCUUGCCACAGUUUGGAUCUCAAGAAAUUAUACAAAACUGUGUAACCAGUGGAUGCAGAAUCCUUUCAGAAGCCAUAGUUGACUUAGUGCUACGAGAAGUGGCUGGCAAUCAAUUACAGAACUGUUUUUCUGGAGAAUUAAUGCCACAUCAGUGUGCAGAAGUUGAUAACGUUGUUGAAAAUAUCCUUAAAAAGGUCACCCAAAAUACUGACCUUCCCCAGACUCAAUUGUCACAUGCUCAUAAACUGUCUUAUAACAUCGUAGAAGAAAUUGCUGUACAAUUUUUAUCAAAGCUUUUAUCCAUGUUGCCAAAGGCAAAUAAGGGGAAAGCCAAAUCUCUAGAAACUGAAAUGCAGAAAGUAAUCUCAAAGAUCUUGAAUUCAUUCCAACAAUAUAUCUCUAAAAGUCAGAUUAAACUUGUACCUCCAACCAAGGAAUCACUCACUGUACAUUCAGUUGAUAAUACAAUUAUUGAAAAGAUAGUUAAUUCUGUUUAUACCAGUGUUUUAAAGCACUCUGGUUCAUACACUGCUAUAUUUAAAGAUUUAAUGGGUAAGAGUAAUGUCCUCUCUGAUAUAAUAGGUUUUUUAAUGGUGAAAGAAAUUUCUAAUUCAGAGUUUCAGCCUCAGGUGGAAGACCAAGUACCAAAUUCAGAAUUAGUUCUGGAAGCUGUCAAAAUUAUGGAAAAAGUAGUUAAGAUUCUUGAUGAAUUUAAGUCCCAGGAAAAAUCAUUAACUGGAAAAGGUUUUGUGUUAGAUACUAUAUUUUUAGAAGAAGCAUUGGCCUUGUUCUUGGCUAAGCUAGUAAGGACACCAAGUGCCUCAACAAAAGAAAAACUAAAGUUAUCAAAGCCUGAGUUAAAGAAAAUUGCAUCCCAACUGGCAAAAUCUGUAACAGCUGAAAUAUCUAAGAGUAACAUUAGUCUUGUGGUUGCUGAUCCUGAAGAACAUUUUUUAAAUCCAGAAAGUACAGAGAUUGUUUCUCAGGUUAUUGAUUCAGUGUAUAGUGACGUAUUGCAACAGUCUGGAACUCAUGAAGACCUUUAUUAUGAUAUAAAAGAUACAAACAAAGUCUUCCCUAAAGUGGUGGCUAAUUUAAUUAUUGAUAACAUUUCAAAUGUUUCCUUAAAUAAAAUCCACUCAGAUCAUUUUAAUUUUGAUUUCUCUGGAGAGCUAGACAUUGAUAGAAUUGUUCAGAAGGCACAAGAACAUGCUGUUAAAAUUGCCCCUGGUAUAGUAGAGAAUGAAGAGUCAGUUUUAGAUUCAAUUGAAGAGGAAUUUCCAGUUAAAAUAAUUCCGUACAUUGGACAUAAACCAAUGAGUAUAGACCCAGCCAUUAUUUCAGAACACUUAGCAGUAAUCUCUGUAAAAACUCAACCUAUUGAUAAACUUAAGAAGGAUUGUUUCAAAGAAACUGGGCAAAGCAUAGCAGAACUGAGAAAAGCAUCAAUAAGUGGGAGAGGUUACUCUUCAUCAGACACUACAAAUGGAGAAAGGAGAAAGAAAGAAAGACGUACCUCACUGAAUAAGACAGGAAGACUGGAUGUAAAACCCUUUGAGGCUGUUGGCAGAAAUUCAUUUCAGAAUAUAAGAAAGCCUGAUAUUACAAAGGUGGAGCUUUUAAAAGAUGUUCAGAACAAACAAGACCUUAUCAUUCGAUUAGUAGCACAUGAUAUUGAGCAAGAAUAUUCAGAAAGUAACAGAGAAAAUGAAGAUGAAGUCGUUUUACGAGAGGUUGCUGUACAAGGAGGAUUCAGCAAAGAAAAUAUUGAAGAUGACGUGAAAGAAUUCACGAAGCCAGUAGAAAGCAAAGUUGUUUCCCCCAAGCCAACAUUAAGCUCAAAUAGUCUGAAAAAAUUUUUGUCUAUAAGCAAGUGUUGUCAGCCCAUAAACAGUACAAAUAGCGGAAGUAUUGAAUCAAGUUCAAAUCAGAUAACAGAAUCUAAGGAGGAACAAGUUAAAAAAGCUGUUGCUGAGCUUGACAUGGCCACCUGCUCAUCACCUUGGACUGAAACAAAUUAUUUUUUGGAGAAAAAGCCACAGCAUAUUAAAGAAGAAAAGAAUAUGAUUAAUGAACCAACACAUUACUUCAUACACAGAAUUAUGAGUUCAUCUUCAUACAACCAAGAAGAUCUGAUUUCAUCUGCUGGUGAUGCUGAAGAUAGUUUCACAGAACCCAAUGCUAAAAUAUUAGAAGAAUAUUCUCAGGAACGAAUGCUAAAGAAUGCAAGCAGUGUUAAGUUUUUCACCAUCUAUGAAGGACAUCACAAUGCUCUUAGCAGUGAACAUUCCUCAACAGAAGUCAUUUCAGAACCUCCCAAGUCUAGCGCUUCCAAACAAGGAUCUAAAAUGCUGGCGAGGGUAUCUUCAGCUCUGUCAAAGGUGUUUUCCCGAACUAACACCAAUAUUUCCAAAUCUUCCUCACAACCUCAGAAGAAUGAGCCCUAA